AUCUCUUCCUCUUAAGGACCAUAUUUUCGUUUCGGUUUUUUGAAUUCUUGCGUUUAUUUUGUUUUGUGCGUAUCUUUAUUAUUAAGGAGUCCUCUUUUAAAAUGGGUUUGGCAGCGCCUCGCAAGUAGGUACCGCCUUGUGCGUAUCUUGAUCACAUCCUGACUGAAUUAUGAACUAGAAAAACAAAGAUCUCUUCCGAUCCUAAUAAUACUAACUGGGCGCGAUCAACGAGCGGUUUUGGGCACAAGAUUCUCAGCUCCCAAGGAUGGACCCCAGGGAGUUUUCUAGGCGCUCGCAAUGCCGCACACGCUGAAAUGUUUACCGCUGCGAGUGCAUCACAUAUUAGGGUUUCUCUGAAGGAUGACACACUUGGUCUUGGAGCUCGACCUAAAAAUGACCCUCUGGGCGAACCGACGGGACUUGAUGCCUUUAAAGGAUUGCUUGGACGACUGAAUGGUAAAUCUGAUGUUGAGUUACAAGCCGACCAGAAGAAGCGAGACGACGUAAAACUUGCUCGAUAUGCCGCUACAAAAUGGCAAGAAGUCAGAUUUAUAAGCGGUGGUUUAUUGUCCCAAGAAAAGAGCGACGAAUCUUCUGCUCAGGAAUCCCAGAGCGCUCCGAAGGAUACAAAGAGCUCUUCCCGUCGUGCAACGCAGGAGGAAAGCAACGCGGAGAGUACCGACGAGAGUGACGACAGCAAGGAUAGCCCGAAGGAAAAGAGCUUAAUUGUGGAUCAAUCCGAAGAUUCCAAGUCGAGCGGACGGGGCGAUAAAAAGGAGAAGAAGGAUAAGAAAAAGAAGGAAAAGAAGGACAAGAAAGAAAAGAAAGACAAAAAGGACAAGAAGGAGAAAAAGGAAAAGAAGAGGAAACGCACCGAGGACCGAGACGAAUCCGACACCACCUCUUCAUCUAAGCAGUCAGAGGAUGAUUUGACAAUGACAACAUCGGCUAGCAAGGACAAGGAAACAGUUGCUAUAGAGGUGAAAACGCUAGUAGUGAAGGAGCGCCGUCCUGUUGGGAGGCAUAUGCUUAGGGGCCGAUAUAUCGCUCAAAAGAGGAAGGCCGUCAUGGAUGAAAAGUCCCUGAACGAGACUGCACCUUUGGACCAAGAGAAUUCGGCAUUCCAACAUGCCACUGCGGAGACCAAUUCCGCAGCGCCCUCUUCGAAUUUAAACCAUGGCAAGCCAUCUUCGGGAACCCGGGAAUCCGGGAGUAAAGUAUUUGGGAAAGGAGGUCAUAAUCUUGCCCCAAAUAGUGCCACUCGCUUGAACGGCAUGCAGAGGAGCCCGGGGCCGACGUCGGGUUCCUUGAGCAGUCGGAGUAAUUUUCUGCGCUCACUGCCCAUAUGGUCUCUUUACGCCUCUUACUUCCCGGCGCGUUUGCAUCGAUCCGAGCCUCUUUUACCAACAAGGAAGUAUAUAUUUGGUUACCACCCACAUGGAAUUAUAUCGCAUGGCGCGUUUGCGGCGUUUUGUACCGAAGCGCUGGGAUUCUCCAAGCUUUUUCCGGGCAUAACAAACACUCUCCUUACCUUGGAUUCCAACUUCCGUCUCCCUUUCUACCGAGACUAUGCGCUUGCAAUGGGACUCGCCAGCGUUUCCCGGGAAUCCUGUGAGAACAUCCUCACAAAGGGCGGAACGGACGGCGAGGGAAUGGGACGUGCCAUCACAAUUGUCAUAGGUGGUGCUCGUGAAUCUCUGAAUGCUUUGCCACACUCCCUCCGCCUUGUUCUCAGACGGCGCCAGGGUUUCAUAAAACUUGCUAUCCGUACGGGUGCUGACCUCGUCCCAGUUCUGGCAUUUGGCGAGAACGAUCUCUAUGAGCAAGUGCGCUCCGACAGCCACCCUCUUAUCCACAAAUUCCAGAUGCUAAUUAAGCAUACCCUCGGAUUUACUAUUCCGUUGUUCCAUGCUCGUGGUGUGUUCAACUAUGAUGUGGGACUCAUGCCAUAUCGUCGCCCAUUAAACAUUGUAGUGGGCCGUCCUAUUCAAGUUGUUCGGCAGCAAGAUCGAAACAAGAUUGACGAUGCCUAUAUUAACCAACUUCAUGAUGAAUACGUACGGGAGCUCGAAAGGUUGUGGGAUGAGUGGAAGGAUGUUUACGCCAAGGAUAGGACCUCGGAAAUUGAAAUCGUCGCUUAA